AUGGGUAUCAAGCUUGAUAUGGCCAAGGCAUACGAUCGGGUUGAAUGGGAUUUCCUCUUGGGAAUGAUGGCUAGCCUGGGGUUCGCGCCUAUCUUCUGCAGCUGGAUUAAGGAAUGCAUUUCUACCGUAUCAUUUAGUGUCCUCAUAAACGGGUCCCCAACGGGUUUCUUUCGGCCGAAUCAGGGGCUCAGACAAGGCGAUCCCCUAUCCCUUUUCCUGUUCCUCCUCUGUACUGAAGGAUUCUCAAUGUUAAUCAGGAGAAGCCUGGAAAGGGGUGCCCUCCACAGUUUCAAGGUAUCUCCUACUGGUGUACCGAUAACGCAUCUCCUUUUCACGGAUGACUCUGUGGUUUUUGGAAACGCUUCUGUGGAGGAGGCGGAGAGCAUAGUGGCAGUUCUACAGACGUAUGCUCGGGGCUCCGGGCAGACGAUUAAUAUGGCCAAAAGUUCGGUCUUCUUCGGUGCUAAUACCCCGAAAUGUCAGAAAGCCAAAAUUGUGAACUCCCUAGGGAUACAAAGUAAACAAGGAUUUGGGAAAUAUCUUGGCCUUCAGGCCGAUUUCGGACACUCAAAAAAAUCUGUCUUUGCGGAAAUCCGGGAUAAGAUUGAAGCUCGUAUGUCUGGUUGGGCUGAACAGUACCUGUCCCAGGCGGGAAAGGAGAUCCUUGUGAAAUCAGUUGCUAUGGCCUUGCCUAACUACGCUAUGAGUUGUUUUAGACUCCCCAUUGGAGUGUGUCGGGAUGUUGAAAGAGCUAUUCGAAAUUACUGGUGGCGUGGUAAUGAACAACGUAAGGGCAUUCACUGGGUCUCUUGGGAUCGUCUCAUGAAACAGAAAAAGGCUGGUGGAAUGGGAUUCAAGGAUAUCCAAUGUGUCAACCUUGCUCUUCUUGCCAAGAUCGGAUGGCGAAUCACCCAAAACCCUUUGUCCCUCCUAGCUUCUGUUUUGAGUGAUAAAUACUUCCCGGGGAAAAGUUUUGGUGAAGCUCUGAAAGGGAAGAAUACCUCAUGGGGCUGGAAAGGCCUCUUUGAAGCCCGGAAAGUGCUUAAACUUGGUCUUAGAUGGCGGGUGGGAAAUGGGAAAAGCAUAAACAUUAGGAAGGAUCCGUGGCUCCCUAAACCCUCAACCUAUAAAGUCAUCCCGAAACCAAUUCUGGAAGGAACAAUGGUAUGUGAUCUGAUCGACCCUGUUACUAACUCUUGGCGAACGGACUUGAUCGAGCUCGGGUUUCAGCGGGAAGAUGUAUUACCGAUCUUAAGCAUUCCACUCAGCCACGCUGGCAUAGAUGAUAGACUGGUGUGGCACUACACUACCAAUGAGAUUUUUUCAGUUAAAACUGGGUUCCAAAUAAGAUCAAAUGCUUCAUUUGGCAAUGCUGCAACAAUGCUCUGGCGCCAUGUCUUCUGGUUUUGCUCUCCUCUGCACCUCAAUUCUCACGCCCUGGAGGGAAGUGACUUUCUCGAAAGCUGGAGCAACUUUUGUGCUCAAGUGAAGGAUAUGAACAAUGCGGAUGACAUCCGUCAAGAAUUUUCCUUUGGCCUGUGGAGAUUAUGGAAGAACAGAAACGAUGUGAUAUUCAAAGGGAUAUAUCGCCAGCCUUUGGAUAUCUUGGAGGCCUGGAGGAAGAGUACUAGCGAGUACAAAGACUGUUUGGCGCGGGAAGAAGAUGACAACAGACCGAGGCUGCCGAAGACAAUUAAGGCUUCAAAAUCUUUUUGUACUAAGUGGCAGAAACCUAGGUUCGGAACUAUUAAGAUUAAUUCCGACGCGGCCUGGUGUAAAGACACGAUGCGUAUGGGUUUGGGUUGGCUGGGUCAGGAUUUUGCGGGACUGCUCCAAGCAGCUGGGGGGAUAGGCUCUGGUUUCUGUCAUAGUGCCGCGGCUGCUGAAGUUUCUGCCAUCAGGUAUGCUCUAUUGGCCUGUAUCGAACAUGGGUUUAAUGACAUCAUCAUUGAAUCUGAUGCAAGUUUGGUUAUUAAAAUGCUGAAGAAGGAAAUAGAGGGUAAUCGUGCUGCUCACUCGGUGGCUAAGUAUGCCUUUAAGGAGGGCCGAUCUUUUUCUUGGGAUUGUAUUGGCCCUGAAUUUUUGUUUAAUAUUCUUGCUAAGGAUACGAAUCUUCGCGACGGAAAUCCAGAGUUGGAAGCCCGUAAGUGUUCAAACGACGGAGAUACCGGAAAAAGAUCAGAAGAUCACGGGACCGGAGUUUUCGAUGAAUGUAUGAAAGAAUUUAGAGCUUUGAGGUUAGAUGAUAAGUGGGGUUUCAUUUGA